ACAUUGGUGACAAGAUGGACAAUUGUGUACCUACAGCCUUUGAAGGUUAUGAUGACUUGCUGGUAUUUCUGGAUCGCGUUACUGUCUGGUCACAGUUGAAGGGUUUUUCUGGAGAAAAGAGGGCUCUCGCCCUAGCAUCACGCUUGGAAGGGGCUGCAUUUGAUAACUACCGACGCCUGUCGGUGGACGACAAAACAAGUUUUGACGCAAUCGUCAGUUCGCUAAAACGUGAGUUUCUACGUGGCGGAGCAGAUCGCAUGCAGGCAGUUACUGACCUACGACGACGGAAAUGGGCUGUUACUGCAGAAUCUGUUGGUGCGUUUGGUCAUGAUGUUCAACGACUUGUUCGUUUAUCUUACCCUAGUUUUGACGUGGAUUCGGUAACUACAGUGGCUCGAGACGCGUUUUUGGAAGGGUUGCCGCAUGAGUUCCAAGUUCAGCUUCGUUUGAGUGGAGAUACAGCUUUAAAAUCAGUGGCAGAAUUAAGUGAAGUACAUCGUUUACAGAUAGCAGGUAUCGGUGAGAGAAAACAAAGCGGGACGAUGCCGGCACUUUCACGUGAUUUCAGUCAAUCGUCUGGUUCCAGUCAUUUGUCAACUGGCGAAAAUACACGACGUCAUAAUUGCCGAUCAUUAACAUUUGACAGGUCGGCGGAUGCCGAUGGCGUUGGUCAUGUCAGAAUCCAUUAG